GAAAGCUCGCGCCUCUUGGCGACGCUGCCGUUCGCUGCCAUGGACAAAACCCUGGUGACGCGGAAUCUGCGAGCGAUCUUGGAGGACCACCAGCGCCGUCUUUUCCUGGACCUGGCCUCCUACGUGGAUCAGCAGCUGACGGCAGAGUCGUUGCCGUCGCCGCGGCUGAAGCGCACGCGCUUCGACUCCACGGAGACCUCCGAGGUCGAGCUCAGGGAUGAGGUGAGCCCCUUGCGUUCUCUGGCGGAUGCCCCGACGAGUCGUCCCAGCAGCAACGAGCUGCAGUCGGUGCACACGCGGCGCUCGGUGUCCUACAACUUGGCGAAGAGAGUGAGCGAGAACGAGAACCACUUCUCCAAGGCACCGAGCAAGAGCAAUUCCCUGACAAACCACUUCUCUUGCUGCUGCCACAGCUACCUGAUUGCACUGGUGGAGGCUUGGCAGUUUGAAGCCUUCUUCGCUCUGGUGAUCAUCACGAAUUCGGUCUUCAUCGGCGUGACGAUCCAGCUGGAAAGCAUGGACGCUGCGGGCUACGAUAAGACGGCGGUCUUCGCGAUUCAGUUGGCCUACAGCAGCCUCUUCACGGUGGAACUCUUCUUGCGCAUCGCUGCCGUGGGGCCGAGAGGCUACUUCUGUGCUGCGCAAACGGCCUGGAACUGGUUCGAUACCAUGAUUGUCAUCUCGGCACUGUAUGAGUUGGUCACUGUGCUGGUGGACAAGAGGCUCACUUCUCAGGAGGAAGGACAAUCUGGCAUCGCCUCCUCAGCCGGCAGCAACCUGCGCAUCCUCCGCGUGCUGCGCCUGACGCGGCUGACGCGGAUCUUCCGCGUGCUGCGGGUGGUGCGCUUCGUGCGGCCGCUGCAGACGCUGGUGCAUGCUAUCUUUCAGACGGUGCGCGCCUUGCUCUGGGCCUCGAUGUUGCUCUUCUUGAUCAACUACAUGUUUGCAAUUCUCUUUACGGACGUGGUCAACAGCUACCUCUCGGAUGCCGAGAUCGCCAUGACGGAGGGUCCCAUGCUGCAGAAGUUCUUUGGAACGCUGCAGUCCUCCACCUUGACGCUCUUCCAGUCCAUCUCUGGUGGCCUCAGUUGGGCCGAAGCCGUGGAUCCCUUGAUGCCCAUGGGUUGGCUGUGGGUCUAUGCUUAUUGUAGCUACGUGGCGUUCAGUUUAUUUGCUGUCCUGAAUGUGAUGACCGGUGUAUUCUGUCAGUCCGCGAUCAAAACGGCAGAGCGGGAUCAAGAAAUGGCAGUUCAAAAUUUGCUCCUCGACAAGGAGAAAAUGCGCUACAUGUUGCGGAAACUGUUCAGCAAACUGGAUGACACCAAUUCUGGCACGUUGACCUUGUCUGACAUCGAGAAACAUUUCGAUGACGACGAAGUGAGAGCGCUGUUUGAAACCCUGGAAUUGAAGGCCACAGAUGCCUGGACGCUCUUCCAGAGCAUCGAUCACAACAAGGAUUUCAAGAUCAACCUGGAGGUGGUGAGUGUGGAAGCGGACCCACACCUGUCGGACGUAGGCGCUCAACUGCUACGGCAUGCGCUGGGGCAACGCCAGGUGGUAAGGCAUUUGCCGCUGCUGCCCGGCGAGGAGACGACGCUGCCGGAGCUCCUGGAGACCUUGCGGGAGGUGUACGAGCAGCCUGUCUUUGACCUGGUUCUGUUGGGAGGCAGUGAUGGGGCAAGCUGCGCCGCCCAGGCGCAGGACAGCUUGAAAGGACCUCGUGACCGCGCGUGUGCUACGGAGUGAUGGGCUGGUUCUGGCCAUUUUGGAAGAUGCUCAGAGGU